CCUGAUUUCAGCUAACCUAUUCCUUGUUGCGAUCGACGGGAGUGUAUAUAAAGCCCAAGUCAUCAGAAUUUAUUCGUUACACUUUCAGUCAUUUUUUUCCCACACAUCCCGGAAGGCAUGAGCGAGCAGUUAUUGCCGUCGAACUAACUGUACAAAACUUGCCGUUGUUGAACGGGACCCUAUAUUUUAUCGUUCAUUUGCCUUGUAUGUCUCAUUGUACCUGCGCGAGACUCUCCAUAUCUUCGCUUGAGAUAUUUUGUCCCGUGUUCCCAAGUGCUUUUUCACCCCCCACCUCCCGGGGCAACGUCACAGGGUAGAUUGCGGUAACCUCACCUUAGAGGGAAUUGCGACGAGACUCGCUACCUAAACUGAGUACUGGUAAUGUGAGAAGGAAAGGAGAAAGAGCAUUGAACCCUUUUGCUACAAAUAGUCGCUUAGGCGUAGUGGGGCUUGGUGAUGACGAUGGAUAUCGAACUUCUACAUCAUAGACACAUGUCGAAGCCCGGCGACGAUGGCUACCGUACCCCCACGAUUGAGGAUGCCGAGGAUUAUGUUACAGUGCAACGAAAUGAUAACUCAUUAUAUCCGUCUGCUGGGGCCUGGGCACGCCAGGCUCAUUCCUCAGCGCUGGAAGCUUUGCAUAGUAACUCGUGUCGCAAGCCUGAAGGAGAUGGUCUCGCGGAUGUAAAUGGCGUGCAUCCUUACAACGAGCCCGACUAUUCAGCCGUAAAUCUCAGUUGGAAAAAAAGGAUACGUCACUUUACCUGGGCAUUUUUCACAUUGACAAUGGCAACUGGCGGGAUUGCCAAUGUUCUGUAUGAGAUACCCUAUAGAUUCCGAGGUCUACAGAUAAUCGGUGUCAUUUUCUUCCUAGCCAAUAUCAUAUUAUAUAUCAUCAUCUGGAUCCUGUUGGUCAUGCGGUUUUACCAUUAUCCUUAUACAUUCAAAGCAUCAUUCUUGCAUCCAACAGAGUCCCUUUUUGUCCCAGCCUCGGUGGUUUCGUUCGGAACAAUUCUGAUAAAUAUCUCGCAAUAUGGGCCAGACAAUACGGGGCCUUGGCUUGCACACGUUGUCGGGAUAUUGUUCUGGAUUGAUGCCUGUCUGGCCAUCAUAUUUUCGGCUGGCAUAUAUCUCCUGCUGUGGUCAACGCAGACUUUCACCAUCGCCCAAAUGACUCCGAUUUGGAUAUUUCCCGCAUACCCUUUGCUGAUAAUCGGACCCCAUGCUGGUAUAUUGAGUUCAAAGCUUGAACCAUCCCGCUCAUUACCGAUUAUAAUUGGUGGCGUAACUAUUCAAGGGGUUGGUUUUCUAGUGUCCCUGAUGGUAUAUUCCGCCUUCAUAUAUAGACUGAUGUCGCAAAAACUCCCAAGGGAGAACGUUCGACCCGGCAUGUUUGUUUCUAUCGGCCCUAGCGCUUUCACAGUUGCUGGCCUCGUGAAUAUGGCUACUAAUGCUAAAAGGUGUUUUCCUGACGAUUUCAUGGGCAAUGGGCCUUUGGCCGCAGAGGUUAUAAGGGUAGUUGUCAACUUUGCUGCCUUGUGGCUAUGGGGCUUGGCUAUAUUUUUCUUUUUCAUCGCGAGCUUUGCUCAUUGGUCAGCUAUAGGGCCUGGUCGGAUGAUCUUUACGAUGGGAUGGUUCUCAUUUGUUUUUCCGAAUACGGCGCUGAUCACAGCGACAUUCGCCAUCGGCCACGCAUUCUCCUGCAAGCCAAUUCUGAUUAUAGGAUGUGUUAUGGUCGUGCCCCUCAUACUAAUGUACAUAUUCGUUUGUUAUAUGAUGAUCCGUGCCAUUUUGUUACGCCAAAUUCUCUGGCCACAGAAAGGAGAGGACAAAAAUGAGGGUGGAUUUGAGAUCAAUGAGAUCAAGCCAGAAUCUCCAGGCGAUCAUAGCCCUGCUUGAGGUUGUGUGCUUUUACCCACGAAGAUGAGCAUGGCAUCG